CGCUGGAGCACGUUCCAAACUCUGUGCGCUUGUGGAAGGCAGCGGUGGAGCUGGAAGAGCCUGAAGACGCCAGGAUCAUGCUCAGCCGGGCUGUGGAGUGCUGCCCCACCAGCGUGGAACUUUGGCUCGCUUUGGCAAGGCUGGAAACCUACGAGAACGCCCGCAAAGUCCUCAACAAGGCCCGAGAGAACAUUCCCACGGACCGGCACAUCUGGAUCACAGCUGCCAAGCUGGAGGAGGCAAAUGGGAACACUCAGAUGGUGGAGAAGAUCGUUGACCGAGCCAUCACCUCGUUAAGGGCUAACGGGGUGGAAAUAAACCGGGAGCAGUGGAUCCAGGAUGCCGAGGAGUGCGAUAAGGCCGGCAGCGUGGCCACGUGCCAGGCGGUCAUGAGAGCCGUGAUUGGGAUCGGGAUUGAGGAGGAAGACCGGAAGCACACCUGGAUGGAAGAUGCCGACAGCUGCGUCGCUCACAACGCUCUGGAGUGCGCCCGGGCAAUCUAUGCUUACGCCUUGCAAGUCUUCCCCAGCAAGAAAAGCGUCUGGCUGCGAGCAGCUUAUUUCGAAAAGAAUCACGGAACCAGCGAUCUUCUGGAGGCUCUCUUGCAGAGGGCGGUCGCCCACUGCCCCAAAGCUGAGGUCCUCUGGCUCAUGGGAGCCAAGUCGAAGUGGCUCGCUGGAGACGUGCCUGCUGCCAGGAGCAUUUUGGCUUUGGCUUUCCAGGCCAACCCCAACAGCGAAGAGAUCUGGCUGGCUGCCGUCAAGUUGGAAUCUGAGAACAACGAGUACGAAAGAGCCAGGAGGCUGCUGGCCAAAGCGCGGAGCAGUGCCCCGACAGCCCGGGUCUUCAUGAAGUCCGUCAAGCUCGAGUGGGUGCUGGGGAACAUCGCCGCGGCUCAGGAGCUCUGCGAGGAAGCCCUGAGGCACUACGAGGACUUCCCCAAGCUGUGGAUGAUGAAAGGGCAGAUCGAGGAGCAGGAGGAGCUGAUCGAAAAGGCCCGGGAGGCCUACAACCAAGGGCUGAAGAAGUGCCCCGGCUCCAUCCCCCUGUGGCUCUUGCUGUCCAGGCUUGAGGAGAAGGUGGGCCAGCUCACCCGGGCCAGGGCCAUCUUGGAGAAGUCUCGUUUAAAGAAUCCAAAGAACCAAGACCUGUGGCUGGAGUCUGUCCGAUUAGAAUACAGAGCCGGAUUGAAGAACAUCGCGAACACGCUGAUGGCCAAAGCUCUGCAGGAGUGCCCCAAUUCUGGAAUCCUGUGGUCAGAAGCGAUCUUCCUCGAGGCCCGGCCCCAGAGGAAAACCAAAAGCGUGGACGCCCUGAAGAAGUGUGAGCAUGACCCCCACGUCCUCCUGGCCGUGGCCAAGCUCUUCUGGAGCGAGCGCAAAAUAACCAAGGCUCGCGAGUGGUUCCAUCGGACGGUGAAGAUCGACUCUGAUCUGGGGGACGCCUGGGCUUUCUUCUACAAGUUUGAGCUUCAGCAUGGCACAGAGGAGCAGCAGGAAGAGGCACGGAAGCGCUGCGAGAACGCAGAGCCGCGCCACGGGGAGUUGUGGUGCGAGGUCUCCAAGGACAUCAGCAACUGGCAGAGGAAGAUCGGGGAGAUCCUGAUGCUGGUGGCGGCCAAGAUCAAAAACACCUUCUAGAGCCCAGGUGGCACGUAGCCGUGCCGUGGGACUCGGGCUCCUUCCCUUUGGCACGCGCGUCGGGGACUUUGUCUCUUCGGAAGCAAGCGGCAGAGUUUUGGAGCAGAGCGGAUGGACAGGACCAGGCUUCCCGGAAAAGUGUUCCCGAGGAGGCAUCGCCGUGCAGCGGACUGGUACCAGCAAGGAACAAAAUGGCAUCGGCACAGACAGAUGCUCUACCCACCAAGUUCGCAGUCCCGGAACUGAAACAGCAAAAACUCGGGAAGGGCAGUUUAGCAGCUUUCAUUUUACUCCAAUGCCCAAAUCCCUGGUGUCGCUUUGGCUCCAGGUUCCCUCUGAACCAUCUGGCUGAUGGCUCUGGGUAGCUUUCCUGUUUUCUCUACUCCUGUCUCCUUUUCAGCAAAGAUCUGCUCGCUUUUUAGUUUCCAGUGAGCCCAGGGGCUGUUUCUACACUAAAGAGACGAGCUGGGUUUUGAACCAGUCGUGGCGUUCUGUAGGCAUCCCCUGGGAACGGUGAUUUUUUUUUUUCUGUGGCUGUGCUCUGCUUUGUGAGCCAAAGGUGAACACAGGAGAGUUGUUAGCAAGCUACACCCUUCCAGGGUUCACACUGAAACCCAUUUAGGGCGUUGCGUUGCAGACAUGACUUGAGACAGGCCCGGAAGGCGGACAGGCACAGAGGAGGUAGUAGGAGAACCGGAGGAAACAGGCAGGAGGUGAGGUCCAAACCGGAACCGCCUCCUUGCAACGUCAGGACUGAGCCUUGUCAAAAUGCCUUAACGGGUUUUGAUGCAAUGCAGGACAAGAGGCUGUUUUCGAAAGUUGGUUAUUCCUUUUCUCCCCUCCGGAACGUUAGAAACGGGGAGGAAUCGGGUCUCCGUUUGGAGGAGGAGAGUCCCCCUGAAUGUCGGAACAGCUUAGAGGCCAUCAUCAAAUAGAACCGAGAGAGAGAGAGAGAGAGAGUUUCUUGGCCCCAGGGGUCCCAGGGGAAAAGCAUUCCGUUGCCCACACCAAAGGUGAAGAAGCGGCUGGUUCUCGGAGGGCUUUGGCUGGAUAGAAAUUGCCCGAGAGCUUAUUGGGCCACAGGAGUCCCAGGGGAAGAGUGUCCCUUUGUCCGUGCCAAAGUGGGGGACGACUGGCUAGUUCUUAGAGGGCUAGAUGCAAAUUGUCUGGAGACGUCUGCUGCAGAAGUCUCAUUAAAAUGAACGGGUCCUGCAUAGGGAUGCGUAUUUGACCACCUCCUGCUCACUUUUCCUGGGUCUUGCUCAGAAGGGAAUUUCUCUCCGCUUGGAAGGAAAGCUCCCCACCCUGUACAGAUGCAUUUUUAAAAACGCGGGCCCAGUUUUAACUCUUUAUUCCCCAUCUAAAGUUGUGUCCUGUGUUCUCCCCCCUCCCCCAAAAUGCGACAGAACCUGUUCUUGGAUGAGACGAACGGGCCCGCCACCCUCAGUACCCUCUGAUGCAAAACUGUAUUUGUGUGCUAGGAUAUAGCAGGGUUUGCUCCCCUGUGGUUCUGCACGACAUCUUUGUUGGAAAAGCUUGUUUUCGCCACCGAUGGUUGUACAAAGCG